UGAAAGAUUGACCUUGAGGACAGACGCAUCCGCGGUUGCUAACAAUUGUUUAUAAUUUAAGGGUGCAAUCGGCUACCGUGUGCUAUAACUUAGAAUCAUAAUACCACGAUGGGAGAACAACAAGAGACAAGGGACAGUGUCACACAUGGUUCAUACUAUUUGCAAAUUGCUUUUAAUCCUAUCAUGGGCUUAGAUGAGGAUAUUGAAGCAUUUACUGAAGAAUUCGCCGAUUUAGGCAGUCCUCGUUUUGUGGAUUUCGCGGAGCUCUGGAAGAAGUACAAACUGAUCCAUUUAAUUCAGGGGAGGCAGUGCCAACACGGUUUAUAUGACAUAGUUGGCUGCAUUUUUCAUCGGUUGGUUAGUCUGUUUCAGCCAACCUUAUCUAAAAACAAGUUAGUUCGUAUAUGCGCACUCUACCUUCUCUAUGCUUUCCACGGGAAGCAGCCCAUUCGCAAUCAUGUUCAUAUACGUGUUUGUCCUAAAAGUUGGUCUUGGAUCUUACAGGUUGCUACGGAGGCUCGUGACGAAGGACACUUAGAUGUCUAUUACGUUUUUCGGAAACUAUGUGCUGCAAAUGCAUUUUUAUUUUGUGCAAUGCGGCAAGUGUUAUAUCCCGGGGCCCCCCUUUUUGACAGUCCUGCUGUGAAUCGGGAUGAUUUUACAGAGGGCCGUACCGCCUCGCCAGCUGAAGACCUAUCCGAUGUUUCAAAAGCUACUUUCAGUCAUCGACGUGACCUUCUCACUUGUUCUCUACCUGUUGUCAAAGCUCUUCAGGCUCCUUCAGGAUUAAACCAAACGGUACAGUGUUUAAAUAUGAGUUUGUCGCGUUAUGCUGAGGCCAAACGUUUACUUACACAAAAACUUAGGAUAAAUGAUGGAAAUAUUGCUUUGGAUUCUUCGAAAACACAAGGCACUGAUGGAAUGGAAGAUCCAGAGGAAGAGUACUUGCCAGGCCUAAAUCUUGUAACUUUCCCCGAUUCCCUAAAUCGUAUUGAGAUACUUUCAAUGGAAUUGGAAAACUCAACCAAACAAAAUAGCCUUAAAAAUCGUUUUACUCCCGGCACAAAGUCCAGUAUGCAUAGUCCUUCGGUUAAAGCGUCUCCUUCAGUGGAUGUAAAAGUUCCAGAUAUCGAAAAUCUCCUUGAAACACCACGUAUUGGCGUAGUAGUUGGUGCUGGAAUAGUUGGGUGUAAAAUGAUAAGUCGUAAAAGUGCUGAGAACAGUCCAGUUUCUCAACCUUCUGACAUUCAACAAAUUAGUAAACAUUCUUCGCCCUCAAAAACCACCACUUCAAAUUCGUCAAAAAAGUCUGAGGAAACAACAACCGAUGUAAAAGAAGCCGUUAGUUGGGGUGAAAGAAUUCGACUCUUAAAAAGGCCCUCAACGUGGGCUAAAGAAUUAGCGGAACAAGCCGAAAGUGUGUACAAGGAUGGUUGCCGCCGAAGUAGGCGACGUCCGACAGACCCCAAGGUUAUUACUGCAUCUACAAGUAGAAAACAACAAAGAAAGUCCUUCAGAUAAAUGAAUUAUAUUUUUUUUGCUAAUAUUUGUAUAUUUUCCUGUAUUUAAUUUCAAGUUGUUUCUUUUAAUAAAAUCGGCAAAUCGUUUAAGAAAUAAUGCUUUAAGUUUUAAAUUUUGCAUGUUUGUGCGUUUAGUUUUACUGUGUAGAAAAUAUAAUUUUAUGUUAUUUUGUAGCGAUUGAGAUCAAAGGUAAUUGUGUAAAAAUCGUUUCACAUGAAUAACAUGAUAUUUUCCGGGACUUAUCAUACUUAUAAAUGUCAUAACAAGAAAAGAUUACGGAGACAAGGCAUUACGAUCAAAAGUAAUGUUUUGAUUGGGAUAUCAGUCUCUAGCAAUGUAGUGGAUAGAAGACAAUUUGUUCUUUCUCCCAGCUAUGUAUCAUAUGUAAAAUCAUUUCUAAAUAAGAACUAAGCCAUUUCAUCACAAUUUGAAACUCACCAGUUUGACAGUGACCACAGUCUUUGCAAGACAAAAGCAAAAUAAAUGGAUAAUACAGAGGAGACAGAUAACACUAGACACUUAUUUAGGCUUAUCAGAGAGACUGUGACUAAAAAUUCAACCUUUGUUAUCACCAAAAUACACUAAACGAUCACCCACUCUCAGAUCGUGCAAUUGGAAUGAUCGAUAGAACAUUGAAAAGCGAUUCAACAAGUAGCCUCCAGCUAUCUUGUAUUUCUCCACCAUUCAUAAACAUUUUGAAUGCGAGGUCGAUUUCGAAUAUUCAACUCUUAGCGAAUUCGUAAAGAUUAUAACCGACCUAAGCUUAAGUAGAUUAGCAGGCACAUGUAGUUUAAUUUCAGUGGUAUUUAAGGGAUGUUGAUCCAGUUUUGAUAUUGACUAAGGUGUUUGCUAGAGUUUAAAAUCUGGACGUAAUCCAAUCAAAUUGGUCGCGACUAUUGAUCGCCCUUGUUUAUAAUGAAGGACAGAAAUCCUCUUUUGUUAUGAUCAUAGAGUAAAGAAUUUAUCUAAUAUAGCGUUUAUGAUAUUAGCAUAAGUAUGCAUCUGACACUUACAUGGAUUUUACAGACAAUAAUCUCGUGAGAAACAAAAUCUCACACCCGGUUUUGGAUAUUUAGAUCAAAUAUUCGUCCUUCGAUGAGUUUUGGUAUUCAAACUUAUCGAGGGCUGAAUGUAGUUGUACUUCAUGACCAGAAGGUUGCAUUCGAUUUUGUAAUCGAUGUGCUCUGCUGGGUUGUCUGUUAUUGCAAGAUGUAUCAUAAAUUAUCAGUCUGCUGAAGGUUUUUUACUCGAACACUACUGGUUAGGUUAAAGCUUACGGUGAAUAGUCAUUAGAAUUGGCGAUAUCAAGUAUUGCUCUCUAGAACUACCCACUUUGCCUCUGUCAUUAGUGGGGUUCUUGUGGCAAUUCUCCAUGUAAUGUUUUAUGGAUAAAUUAUCUAGCCAGAUAUACCUUGAUUAAUUUAGAGUAUGCGAACCGCAUAUUCCUGUUUAACAAAACUGAUGGGAAAAUACAGUCUUAUAGACGCUUUGAGUAACGAUACAAGGAUUUUGGCGUUGGGUUUCUAUCCCUUUGAAUGGAAAGUGUUGCCUUAGUAUCUGAUUUGAUCAUUCGCUUUUCGUCCUCUCAAUUCCGUAAACAACAUCCCUGCCACGAGAAGGCAGUGAGUAGG